CACAUCCUCUCAGUUGUAGGCAGCACACAAAACCGUGCUACUUAUUUGACAUUUUGGGUUGACGAUUUUUGCAGAGGUUCCUUCAUUUCUCACAGUUUAGGAUUUAGCUGGAACAGAGGAAUAUAAUUCUGGUCCUUUUGUUGUGUAUAAAAUAGUAUUUGAGCAGGUAACAACCAGGAGAUGCAACAUGUCUUUAUUUGGAGUAAAGUUUUUUGUUCUGGCUUUAUUCUACUUCUUUACUGUCAGCAGCAGGCCGACAGGUGUCCAUCUGCGUAACAUGGACAGCUUCAUCAGAGCCGUGCGACAGGUUGAAGACUCCAACCCUGGUCUGUCCCCUCUGGCUCUGGUUCGGGCCCUAAGGAGGACCGCCGGCCAUGACGAUAUGAUGACCAUCCACUUCUUGGGUGGCUCUUAUAAUCUCACUGACGCUGCAGGUCUAGAGACGGCCAUUCUUAAUGCUUCGUCCUUCAGCUUUUUCGACAAGGCCAUCCACCACAUUGUGACAGACCACGGAGAAGAACGAGGGGUGGUUCUCGCUUCAGAUGGCACGACAGUAGCACUCGCACCCUUAUUGCUUGGAAUUGAAUCAGGGCUUAAAGCCAAGAUGGAGGGGACGACAGCUGUUGGGAUCUUCCCUCUCACUCUAGGCAGGACUCUGGGCCUGUCAUUCCUCAGCCUCCAGGACUUCCCAGCAUCUCUUCGCUUGGGGCCUAAUGGGUGCUGGGACAACGUGGAGCGCCCGAAGGUGUUCAAGCUGUCUCGGCCUCCCACUCUAGCCACAGAUGCCAUGAUCAAUGGAGGCAUGGAUGGAGCCAUAUUGGGCACGGAUCUCAGCAAUCUGUCUGCAUCUGAACAGCCUCAGGCCCUCAGUGAGAUUUUGAAGGGAUACUAUAGUUUUGUUCUGAGUGAGGAGCGGGGCCUUGAUGCCGUGACCAGCCAUGUUAGCCCAAGGCGAAGGGAGCUCUCUAGAUCUAUUCUGGAGACACUUGAUCUUCACAGCCAGCUGAUGGAGACACUGACAUUAGUCUGGAAGCUGGAGAAAACAGAAUGGAUUGCUCUGGACACUGGAGUAAGCAAAGCAGUUAAGGAUGGAUUGAAGACAUUUGUGCACAAGUACUGGGACUGCCCUCAAAUCAUCCCUCGCUGUCAGUGGGGGGCAAAACCUCCUCAGGAUACACCAAUCCCACUGUCUCUUCCCCUUAAAUUUCUAUACAUUCACCACACCUAUGAGCCAUCAUCGCCCUGUUUAUCAUUCACAAACUGCUCUCGGAACAUGAGGUCCAUGCAACGUUUCCACCAGGAGGACCGUGGCUGGAAUGACAUAGGAUACAGCUUUGUGGUCGGUUCCGACGGCUACAUAUAUGAAGGCAGAGGUUGGAAUUUGCUUGGCAAACACACCAGAGGCCACAAUUCCAUCGGGUAUGGAGUGUCAGUCGUUGGUAACUACACCUCCACCCUGCCGUCUCGCCACGCCAUGAACCUGCUGCGUCAUCGUCUGGUCCGAUGUGCUGUAGAUGGAGGAGGACUGGCUGCCAACUUCACCAUCCACGGCCACAGGCAGGUGGUGAACUACACCACCUGCCCUGGAGACGCCCUCUUUUCAGAAAUAAGAAGCUGGGAACAUUUCCGGGAUUGACAAGACACCCAUAGUCAGUCUGAGAUUCUUAAACACCAGUAAUGGUUCUUCAGGAUUUGCUAGCUAUUUAUUUUUGAGUAAUUUUAAAACAUCAUUUCAGUAUGUUUCACUAUGAAACGGCUCUUGGGUAAUCAUCCCGACUUUGGUCCAGUUUAUCAUUUUAAGGACUCCACAUGAUCCACGUUUCAGUGCAGGAUUAAAUUAAUUUAAUGAUGGCUCUCUGAUCAUCCCCACACAUGUGAAUGCAAAUACAAAUAAUAUUUCCCAAAAGAAGAAGACAAACUUUGUUCUUAGGCCCAUAUAAGUGAAACAGAUAUAAUCAACAUACAAUAUUCACUAUAUUUCUCCUCUUAUGAUUUUACAUAAAGACAGAUCUCCAAAAACAGAAGAAUAAAAAGACAAUCUAACAAUCUUAAACCUGUCUCGUUCACUUGCAUCAAGUCUUUUACCACUAAGAUUUAAUGUCAGACACAUGAUAUGCAGCUGAAAGAAACACACACAGACUUUUUUAAAAAUUCAAAUCAAACUUUGCUUAAUCGUGACAUUAACUUUAAAUGAUUUACAUUCUACAUUCACAGAGGUUUAAUGUGACUCCAGUCAGUGACUCAUAACAGUGUCAGCAGUAGUUUAAUAACUGACAGUUCUCUUAGUUUAUCCAAACUACACUAACAAAAGCUUGAAUAUAUUCCAGGCAUAUGACAUUUUACAGUUGUGCGUAACAAUUUUACUGUUACUUGCUGAAGGUUAAAACAUUAUAGAGGUUCUUGCUGUGAACUGCUUGGAGGGUCAGACAGAGAUGUUGUUGUCAGUGAGACCAAAAAAAAAAACCAAAAAAAACCAAAACAACAAUAAAAAAACAUUAUUACAAAAACCCAUGUACCCUGGGUUUAUGUGUGUACAUGAUUGUUAUGGAAGGUGGAUGUUAAUAGAAUCUGCUGCAUCUACUGACAAACAGUAAACACAGCAAGGCUUCAGUCAAAGUACACUGAGAUAAUAAUAGACUAAGUAAAUAAAACCCUUAAAUCUACAGACACAAUAAAUCAGUCAAGCUUCACUCAAGGUGCACAUGGCACACAAUUUUACAAAUAGGGUCAAUUCAUUCAAAAUAGCUUUUUAUAUUAAUAAACACUCACAUGCAAAGAAGGGCUGCAUCUAAUUAUUUAUUCAUCGUGUAAAUAAUUCAUUCAUUGUGUUCUUGACAGAUCAGUUACUUAUUUGGUCAAUUAAAUGGAAAAUGCCAUCUAAUAUCCAAGUGGAUCAAAAGUCUUUGAUGCUGAGCCAGAGAGCCUGGAAGUAAAGCCAUUUAACACUAGUUUUAAUGGGAGAGGCUGGACUACGUCACAAACAGCCUGUUGCUCUGGUGAAAACAAAGAGCUCAUUAGAUAAACAGAAAGGUUUGACUGCACAUGACAGCAGAAGGUAAAAAUGUGAAGUGGAUCAGUUAUAAUACUUGUAGGUUAUUGGCCCAGAGCUUUAUUUACAUGUUCAAAUAAAAGUUAACAAAAAGAACCAAAACAUUUUUAUGCAGUAUAGGAACAGAGUGAAGAGCAACUGAACUAAAGUUGAAGAAUUACAACCCAGACUUUUCCUCAAAAAAAUACUUUUAAAAUGGGAACACAAUUUUAUCUUCCACUCAUAUGGAUUCUCCUACUGUCAUACUUACAUCUGAAAUUCAUCAUAUUGCAUAUGGUGGUGUCAUAUUCAAAAACAGAAUGAAAGUCCUGGCAGUAAAACACUGAUAGAGUGAUAGUAGGUUUAAAUGUUUUAAGUUGUCCUUUAAGUAAUUAAAGAUUGAUGCCUUCAAAAAACUUUAAUGGACCCUGAAACUCAUAUACAGACUGUAUUAUUUAGACUAUCUUUGGAAGUUUUUUCAUUUCAAGUGUCCAUGUUAAGUCUUACUUCUCUCAAAGACAACAGCGCCAUCUGAAGGUUGUAGGCAGUUACUGUUUGUCAACAACAAAGGUCAUAACUAUUGCAAAUUUUUUGAGUAAAUACUGAAGGAUUUAAAAGUUUUACUCUAAAUUAAUCAAUUAAUGGAAGAAUGCAAACUCCAGAAUUACAAUGGUGACUGAAUAGUGUAAUAGUAUUUUUUCACUGAUUUUGCUGUGUGAACUGUGCUCGAUGCUUGACCUGUGCACGACUUGCUUAACUGAAAAACAACCUUUUGUAUGGUAUCUGAGGGAGUAUGUCCUGUAUGUGGAAGCAACAAACUAACCACAAGGUUCCAGGAGACACCUGUGUUCCUACUUCCUUUACUCUGCUCGCUUAAAUUCAGUCCACACUAAAUAUUCUUUGUUCUUCCUUAGCAGACUGUUGUGAACACUGUAUGAGAGAUUAACCUUCUCUGUGCAGAGAAUAAAAUACUCAAAGGACAGGAUUUUUUUCUAGGUGUCUUUUUUGCAGUAUCACAAGACUCACUGGGUUAAACCAAAAUAUAUAGAAGACUUAUCUCAAUAUAGGGAGACAUCAGCAGAGUAAGUACCCUAAAAACAUCACAUAACAAAAUUAGUUUAAUGAGUUUAUGUGCUUCACUGUUGAGACAGGCACAAAAAAAGUCAUUUAACAUGAAAUCUGGACAGCUGCACAGUAACUUGGAGGUUAGCACCUUCGCCUUGCAGCUGGAAGAUCUCCAGUUUGUGUCCCCGCCUUCCUGGGAUCUUUCUGCAUGUCUGCAGUUUGCAUGUUCUCCCUGUGCAUGUGUAGGUUUCCUCCAGGUACUCCGGCUUCAUCCCACAGUUCAAAGACGUUCUAUCUGUGCAUCAACCUUGAACUUCUGGAAUAUAACUUGAGGUAACAUAGAAGUCUGAUCAUUAUCUUCAUGCUGCAUCACAUCAGGUUUUACUAUUUGUUCAGGCUGCUGUUAGAGUUAAGAUGCAGUCGAAUCCUGUUGUGUUAACACAGUGAGUCAAAGUUCAAUUUACACAAUGUUAAAUCAGUAUAUGAAACAUUUUAUUUAACUCAAAAGUAAACCUACAAUACAGAGGAUGGAAACGUCCACUCCUAUCAGAAUGUGGAUGUGGCCACAACAGGAUGGGACUACUCCCACCAUGUUGUUGCCAGAGCUCAGUGGUACAAAACUAAUGGUGGUUUUUAACAGCUGAAACUGUCAAACAUGUCUGACAAGUCAUAAAGAAACACCUAAAAUGUGUCAACCUGAAUAACCAUAAUGCAACUCACAAACUGUCUCCGUUCAUUUGUUUCAUUUUGAUGUGACAAUUUCUGCAGGGUUCAGAUUUUAAAGAGCUUUGCAUAUGUUUCAUGGUCAUACCAGUCAAAAUGUUGACACAUGAUGAAUCAUAGGGUCCACUCCAGAGUUAAUAUUCCAGGACACUUCAGACAUAUAAUUCCCAUGGAUAUGAUUCAAUUAAUGCACCACUGUGUUUAAGUAAUCACUAUUACUAUAAACUCUGGUCUAAACUACCUGUACUUUUAUUAAAUUUGUUGAAACCUUCA